UUGAGGUUGGGUUGAGCUUGGAUUGGUGAUGAAGCCCAAUGAAAAGAGCUGUUAGAGGAAAGAGGAAGGAGUAAGAGAGAGUCGAUGAGAGAGAGAGAAAAGGUGAAAUUUAGUGUUGGAUGAAAAUGGUUAGUUGAUAAUGUUGACUGAAAAUGAUCAACAGAAGGUAAAACAAGAAUGAAUAGUUCAUCUGAUUCUGUGAGAUUAUCAUGAAAAGAAACAGCAUCAUUGCCAUCAGCAGCAUCACCAUCAUCAUCAACAGCAACAUCAACGAUACCAGAAUCUCUAUCAUCAGAAUCAUUGAAUAAUCGUUUUCGUGCUUUUCGCUUAUUUAUAUCGAGAUUCUAUGAAUUAAAAGUUAUGAAUGAAAUGAAUUCAUCAUUUUCUCUCUCCUUUCAUUUCCCUCGUUUUUCUCACUCUUCCAUAUUCCCAUAGUUUCAACCUGAAAAUACACUCAAAUAAUCAAUAUCAACAUUCAACGACAAAUAAAUUACCCAUAAAGCACACACACACAACGUUCUGGCAUCCAACGUCCUUGACUACAUCAACUCUUUUCGUUCAAAGUUUUUUUUCUUUCCUUAAAUUUCUUUUCCAGUGAAGUUUUGUGAAUUUUGCCAUCAAUUGGAAAUUCCAUGUGAUUAAUUUUUCGGUGAAAUCGUUUUGUUUUUUCUUCAUCUUCUCAGUCUUCUUCAACUUUACUCUUUAAUGUAAACCCAUUUCUUGACCAUCAUCACACUCAUCACUCACCAAAUCAAGACCAAAGAUGAAUCAUUUAGGAACCAUGUAUGCCACUAAAAGGCGAAGACGGAAUAGUAAAAGUGUUCGUGUUCAACCCAAAGAAGGUCAAACAAAGUCAAAUCCCUCUAAGCGUCAUCGUGAGCGACUCAACGCUGAGCUUGACAUGUUAGCAAGUCUAUUACCUUAUGAACAAAGUGUUCUUAGUAAAUUGGAUAAGCUUUCAAUUCUGCGUCUAAGUGUUUCCUAUUUGAGGACAAAAAGUUAUUUUCAAGCAAUUUUUAACAAAGAACGUGAAAGACAAGGCAAUCUUCAUGAAAUUCAUCGAAACACGCCUCGAGAACUUCUUUAUCCUGAUAUUAUGAUGGAAGGUGAUCUCAUUCUCCAGGCACUCAAUGGAUUUUUACUCAUCUUAACCUGUGAUGGAGAAGUUUUUUACACUUCUCAUACUGUUGAAACGUACCUAGGAUUUCAUCAGUCGGAUAUUUGCCAUCAAAGUGUUUACGAAUUGGUUCAUUCAGAGGAUCGUGAAGAGCUUCAAAGGCACCUUAUAUGGAACUCACAUUUACCCAAUGAAAGAGCCAACACAUCGUUACAAGAAGCCUUUUUACAAGAAAAUUUGCAAUAUUUAGAGAGAAACUUUACCGUUAGAUUUCGAUGUUUACUCGACAAUACUUCGGGUUUCAUGAGAUUGGAUAUUAGAGGUCGAAUCAAGGUACUUCAUGGACAAAAUCAUAAGACGGAAAGCCCACCGUUGGCAUUGUUUGCCGUUUGUACUCCGUUUGGUCCUCCAUCGUUACUUGAAAUGCCUCAAAAAGACUCAAUGUUCAAAUCUAAACAUAAACUUGACCUUUCACUGGUUUCAAUGGAUCAAAGGGGAAAACAGUUGCUCGGUUAUUCUGAUACGGAAAUGUCCAAUAAAGGUGUAUAUGAUCUAGUCCACUUUGAUGAUCUUGCGUAUGUUGCAAGUGCUCAUCAAGAACUUCUUAAAACAGGCGCAUCAGGGUUAAUUGCAUAUCGCUUGAUUAGUAAAGACAAUAAAUGGCAAUGGCUUCAAACAAGCGCACGACUUGUAUAUAAAAAUAGUAAACCUGAUUUUAUCCUUUGUACUCAUAAACCAUUAAUGGAGGAAGAAGGUCGAGAUCUUUUAGGUAAACGGACAAUGGAUUUCAAAGUAACUUAUUUAGACGGAGGCCUUGGAGCGAUCAACGAUCGUUCAGGUUUCUUGUCUGACAGUGAUUUUGUGCUUCGUUGCCAACGCAAUCGACGUUACAAGUCUCAAAUUCGUGAUCUAAUAACAAAUUGUCGUUCCAAUUCAAAGCGUAAAUCAUUGACAGGUUCCGAUGAAGGUGGUGGAGUUUACACUCCGCCAUUCAGUGAAUUGUCACCAACCGGUGCAAUGUCGGCAGCAGCAGCAGCGGCAGCUCAGGCCGCUAAUGCAGCUGCUGCAGCGGCCGCAGCUCAUGCGGCUGCAACAAACCCAUCAGUGUAUCCUAAUCAUCAUCCACACGCUCACACUCAUCAUCAUCCGCACCACCAUCCACACCAUCCACACCAUUCCCACCCUCAUCACCAUCAUCCGCAUCACCCUCACCACCAUCCGGGUUCGGGUCCCGUUUCAUCGCCAGUCUAUCCUUACAGUCAUGCAACGGAAAACAUGAACUUGUCCACAGCCGCAGCCGCCGCCGCCUAUGGAAUGCCUCAGAAUCUAUUCACUGCCGCUGCGGCCAUAGACCACAAUCCACGUUCCUUUCUAGCACCCGACUCUUUCCUACACUAUUCUCGUCAUGCACUGACCACUUACUAUCCCGACUAUCAUUCAGCUGCCGCCGUGGCAGCAGCCCAGUAUCCCACCAAUGGGUUUCUUGACCAUCGGUCAACGGGACGGUCAACCUUUGACUGUCAACUGACACCACCAAAUGAGAUUAAAUAUGCUUCAAGUGAUUCAAUGGGCAACUCGUCUUCAACCCGAUCCUCCAUUGGAAACAAAUCAUGCUGUGACAGUUACCUUUCCUCAUCGGGUGCCAACUCAUCGACAGGUUUAAUGGGUCAUGGGAGUGCCUCUGCAAUGGCUGUGGCUGUUGCUGCUUCUUCCAUUCAACCUUUACUCUCUUCGGUUCCCAAUGAAAAUGGUAAUAAACUUUCACCCGAAUUGACCUGCCAUCGAAGCAACUCAUUUGGCUUUGGGCUACCUUCAAAUUCAUCCUCAUCUUCAUCCACCUCAUCCAAUACCGAUUGUAUUUCCGUUAUUAAGCACAAAAAUAGUCUUCCCCAUCCGUUGAGUAACACCAAUUUAAAUGGUUCACCGCCAUCUUCCUCAAUGGAAACAGGUUCAGGUUCAACUGCGUCAACACCGUCCAUCCCUGGUUCAGCAUUUACUUCAGCCUCACCAUUGAAUCAUCCAGUCAACUCAUCAAUGAAUGCCGAUCAAUCUCGAUCAAGUGUUUUAAUGUGGAACCGUACUUGUAAUACAACUACAACAACAACAACAACCUCAUCAUCUUCAUCAUCUUCAUCACCAACCAUCAACCACAAUAGUAAUAACAACAACUCCUCCAAUAACAACAACAAUAAUGGAAAUAAAUAUUCAUCUUCAUCCAUUAGUGAAUCACUUCUUAUCCAUAAAUCUUCAUCACCUGUAGUUAGCUGUAAAUGGAAUGGUUCAAUUUCAAAUAUAAAACCACUUUCACCUCAUCAUCCGUCAAUGGCUGUCAGUCCAAGUUCGGGUAAAGUACCAAUGUCAAUGUCCACUUAUGGUUCAGGUUCCCUUUAUGGUUCAACCGAUAUCAAUCCAAUUGAGGGUUGGAGCGUGGAAAACAUAGGCCACUGGCGAUCUCAUUUGCCUACCCUUGGAUAGAUUCAAUCAUCCAUCUUAAUUCAUCCCCGGCAAGACAAGAUGAACAAGCAAAAAAAUUCUCAUUAUCAUCAUCAUAAUCAUCAUGAUCAUCAUUAUCAAUAGUUUGAGGCGCAAACCAUCGUCACCACCUUUGAAACAAAAUCCAGCGUUGUCUAGUGGUCAGGAUAACCGAGCACAAGCCAUAAUCAAGCUUUUACUGCUCAAAAUGAAGAGACCUUUAGUGAUGUCAAAAACCAAGUCAGCAGAGGAAAGCCAACCAAUGAAUCCAAUGGAAUCAAAAGAAUGGUGCAAAACAGAAAAGGCAAAUUCAGGGAAAAUGUGAAAACGCAAGCAAUAAAAAAUGAUCCAAAGUUCCAAGUUGAAGUUUCAAGUAAAAAAAAAGCCAAAGUGAUCCAAAUUUCCGGAAACUGAAUAAAAAAAAGCAACAAAACAAAAUAUCAAAACAAAAGUUCUGACCCAAAGAAAGCAAUAAAAACAAGGAGAGCAAAGGAAAGGAAAUGUCCUAAUAUUUCUGCAUUUUGGUUCCUCAAAGACAACAAACCUUAUAACGUGCCGUGUGCGUGUCUCUCUUCACCUCCCCUUUCCUCCUCUUCUCCUCCUUCUUCUCCCACAAUGGUCCAUCUGUAAGGCUGCUCGUUACCUGGUUCAAUCGCACGCGCCAUUCCCAACAUUAAAAUGCGUGCUUAAGAGAAGAGAGAGAAACAAAAAAUUUUCAGUCAAUUCUUUUCUUCUCAUCAUCAUCAUCACUUUUCCUCUUAGUUUCUGGAAACCGUUUUAAUCAUCAGGCAAAACAACACAAAUAUAAAUAUAUAAAUACAGAUACAAAUGACAUACAACAACAAAAUAUGAAACAAACAAUUUACCUUUUAAUUUGCCUGAAAAUAUUUCUUCUCUUCUUUUUUUUUCUCAACUCACCUUUUCCCCUUUCAUUUCCUUUUUUUAUCAUCCUUCUCUGUCAAUAAUUAAUGUUAUUAAUUUAUUUGAAUGUGUAUUUCAAACUUACCUGUAUAUAGGUGCGAUGUUUUUUUUGUGAUAUUAUAAUAAUAAUGAUAUUUAACUGAAACAAAAAAAGUUAAGACAACAAAUAAAAUGGUAAACAAACAAAAAUGACUUUCAAUUGAGUUUCCAUUUCUUGCUCUCUUUUUUUGGGCCUUUUCCUCACAAUUUUACCUCUUUUUUAUGGUUCCUUCAUUUGUUACCUUUUUAUUUAUUUAUAUUACAUUAUAUUGUGUAUAAUGCAUUUGAUGUUAUUACCUUUUAUACUUUUACCCAGUUCCACUCAAUCAACCAUCAAAUUUGGCUAUCACAAUGGGUAAAUUUAACUUACCCUUGAGAGGCUUUUCAUUCAUCUUGUGUUUCUUGGGCUGCUCUUUAUGUUUUUGGGUUCAUUAUCGAUGUUUUUUUUUGCUGCCUUUACUUUUUUCCCUUUCUUUCUCUGCUUCUUUUGUUUUUAUAUAACAUUUGAAAACUGGUAGCUUAUUGUAACUGUAAACAGAUCAACCUUUUAAUGCCGGGCCUUUUUAUUGUCUAUUUACAUGGGAAAGAUUGAGUGACACACGGUAAGGUAAUUGUAAAAUAAUUUACUUUCUUUACCUGAGCAACUCAGAUAAUCUUAGGUACAAUCAGGGUAAUAAAAGGUGCGUUAAUUACAA